UCCAUCCACCCAACUCUCUGAUUUGGCCAGACGCUCCACUUUUUCCUCUACUAUCAGGUUCCACACCAGCCAGUUCCACCAAUCAGUUCCUGUUACUGUUUCUGCUCUUUCCUCCUCCAUCUGCCAAUCACCCCUCCUCUGCUGGCUCCACCAACCGCUUGCCAGCUCCCCGCACGCCUGAAUUCCCCUCCAGAAAUAGAAAUGCUGUCUGACUUCCUCUGGUGAUUUCCCUCCUGAUCCAGAAUCCAGUAAUUACAGUCUCUGGUCUCCGGGACACACUCGUUCCAUUAAGUGUGAGUGUGGACUGGCAGUGUAGACCUCUCCAACACCCCCAAUUCACCUUCCUCUCGUGCUCUGCGCGCAGUUUGUUUACUGCUCGUUUGCUCUGGAGAACAUGGACAUCUUCGCUUUCCCGCAGCUCCUGCUCAAACUCUUCGACAGGUUCACGGCGCUGGCCGUGUUCUGCACGGUCUUUUGCCUGGUCUUUGACUUCAUGAAGAGGCGAAAGGCGUGUGGGAACUACCCUCCCGGACCCCGGGGCUUACCCUUCGUCGGGAACAUCCUGCAGGUGGAUCUGAGCAACCCUCAUCUGUCAUUCGCAAAGCUGUGGAAGAAGUACGGCGAUGUGGUGAGUUUAGAGUUUGGAUGGACAAACCUGGUGGUGCUGAGUGGCUACAAGGCCCUGAAAGAGGCUCUGGUGAAGAAAUCGGAAGACUUUGCGGACCGGCCCAACCUUCGAGUCUAUGAAAAGUUCUUUGCGCAGCACGGGGAAGGUAUCGUGCUUGCAAAGUACGGAGACUGGUGGAAACAGCAAAGGAAAUUUUCACUCUUGACCCUGAAGAACUUUGGGCUUGGAAAGAAGUCCCUUGAAUUGCGAAUUGUGGAAGAGGCUGAAUUUUUAAUUCAAGGUUUUGAAAGUGAACAAGGUCUCCCUUUUGAUCCACAUUUCCAUUUAACUUAUGCGACCUCGAAUAUCAUCUGCUCAAUUGUCUUCGGUGAGCGCUUUGAAAACAGUGAUAAGAAGUUCCGUAGACUUUUGCACAUACUUGAAGAAAGCUUUGUGUUGGAAGGUGCAUUUUGGGGUCAGUUGGUGAAUACGUUCCCCUUCCUGUAUUACCUCCCAGGACCGCAAAAUAAAAUAUUUCAAAAUCAGGACAAAAUGGCUCAAUUUUUGCAAGAAAUAAUCACAAGUCACAAGGAAUCAUGGGAUCCAAAUUAUACCAGGGACUUUAUUGAUGCUUUCUUAACACAACAGGAGAAGGUGAGGAACACACCGAACACAAGCUUCCUGGAGAACAAGAUGAUUGGGACAUUACUAAGCCUCUUUGCUGCAGGUACAGAGACCACGUCCACCACCCUAAGCUGGGGCUUGCUCUUCAUGGUGUUACAUCCAGAUGUGCAGUCUCAGGUUCACGAGGAGAUUGACAGAGUGAUUGGGAAGGGUCGAAGGCCAAGGUUGGAAGACCGGGAGGAGAUGCCAUUCACUAACGCUGUUAUCCAUGAAACACUACGCUUGGGGAAUAUUGUUCCGAUCUCAGUGGCACAUGAAACGUACAGAGAUACCACAGUCAUGGGUUACACCAUCCCAAAGGGAACAAUGAUUAUUCCAAACAUUUCCUCUGCCUUGUUUGAUGAAGAUACUUGGUUGACUCCACAUCAGUUUAAUCCAGGACACUUCCUCGAUUCCGAUGGGAAGUUUGUGAGGCCAGAAGCUUUCAUCCCAUUCUCAGCAGGUCAUCGUGCGUGUUUGGGGGAGCAACUGGCAAAGACAGAGCUCUUCAUCUUCUUCACGUCCAUGCUCCAAAGAUUCACGUUGUUUCUCCCGGAAAAUGAGCCAAGACCAAGCUACAAGGAAGCUCGAUUCGGAAUUACCCUCUGCCCACUGCCAUAUCGACUCUGUGUUAAAACCAGAUAGGGAUGGAUAUUCACCAUCUGGGGUCAGGAGGCUUUUUGCUAAACUCAGAUUCAAAAUGCUGAUUUUUUUAUUAAAGAUCUUUAUUGUUAAUCAUUAACUCGUACUAAUUUACCAGUCCUCUUGAGAAACAAUCCAGUCCAAGGUUAGGAAACCUAUCAUUGAAUUAAUUGGGACUAUGACCUAAUCAGAAGAAACAAUACUUCUUUAUUCAUACAGCAUGGAGUAGGCCUUUCCAGCUUUUCGAUCCCCAGCAACCACUGACAAACCCAAUUAGCCCUAACCUAAUCACAUUUACAAUAACCCAUUAUCCUACCCAACAGGGUAUGUCUUUGGAUCCGGAGAAACCCACACUUUCCAUAGGGGAGGCCAUACAGCAAUUCCUUACAGAAAGGGGCCGGAAAUGAGGUCCAAACUCCAGAACAUCCUGAGCUGUAAUAACAUCGUGCUAACCACUUCACUACCGUGGUUCCCUGUUAUUGUCUGUGUUAAACUGAGGCUCCAACAGUCCAUCCUGAUGGAUGUAGUUCUGAAAUUAACAAAUGUAGAUGUGGGCAUCACUAGAUGAUGGGCAAAAACCCCCAAUAAAAACAUUAGAAAGCAGUAAAGGAGUGAAGUUACAAACAUGAAAGUGUAGUGACCAUUCCUCAUCCCCGAUCUGAGAGGGAUCUCUUCGCAGACCAGUCUUUCAUUGACAGGCAACUUACUCAUCUGCAACUCAUCUCGUUUGUGAAGAAUUAUGCUUAUGUUUGGAAAUCCUUUAUUGAUCCAUAAUCUCUAUUACAACUACUCCUCAAAAUAAAUGUGUUCUACUUGUUUAAUCUUUUUUGGUAGCUGAAACCAUGUUUUCAUUAGUUGGGAGGGGGAUCUCAUCACUCAAAAGAGUAAUUAUUGGCAGCUACGAUCCUUCAGAAAAGAGAUAAAGUAGUUAAUUAUUCUUUGCAUUAUAGAAUGAUACAGUAUAAUCUCCCUGAUGUGAGGGUGCUGUCUGAUUUCUAUGUCUUUACUUCAGAAUGGACACACUCAUUAUCAUCACAAGAUAUAAUUUAUGCAGAAGAAACAGGGAGUGAUACUCUUGAACUAGAAAGUGAACAAGGUAGUAAUUAUUUUUUAAGAGUGAAAUCCUUACUGAUGCACAGUCUUCCAAACGUACUUUCAUGGUUAUAUUUUGGGUGAUGCUCCAGAGCAAGACCCCACAGCUUCUGGCAUCCAAACUCUGGUUCAGCAGGAACCAUCUGCCAAGAUUUGGGGAAAAAUCACUGAAGAUGGUUCUUCUUUUUGCUAAUAGUGAAGCAGGAUUUGUGUUGGUUGAGUGUUCUGAGCAUCCAUUGGGUAGGAAUUCAUUCUAGUUGCUGUGGAUCAGGAUUUCCAAAAUGUUAGCUUGCAGGAUGAGUUGGUAGUAAGGUAAGCUAAUGCAAUGUUAGCAUUCACUUCAAGAGGACUUGAAUAUAAAAGCAUUAGUGUACUGGUGUAUCCACACUGGGAGUAUUGUGAGCAGUUCUGGACCCCUUAUUUAAGAAAGGAUGUGUUGGCAAUAGAAAGAGCCUAGAGAAGGUUCAGGAGAAUGAUGUCAGGGUUGAAAGGGUUAACAUAUGAGGAGCAUUUCAUGAUUCUGGGCCUCUAUGUACUGGAGUUUUUACAAGAAUGAGAAGGGAAUCUCAUUUUAAACCUACCAGAUAUUGAAAGGAGCAGAUAGGUUGGACAUGCAGGAAAUUCAACAGUGGAAAAACCUAGGACCAGAGGACAAGGCCUCAGAACAGAAGGACAUUCCAUUGCAACAGAGAUGAGGAGAAUUUUUUAGCCGGAGGGUGGUGAAUCUGUGGAAUUCAGUGUCACAGAAAAAUGAGAGGAUCCUAUCGAAUAUUGAAAGGCCUACAUAGAAUGGAUAUUGAGAGGAUCUUUCCAAUGGUGAUGGAGUCUAGAACCAGAGGGCACGGGCUCAGAAUACAAGAACGUCGCCUUAGAAAAGGCACGAGGAGAAAUUUCUCAAGUCAGAUUUCAUUGCCACAGACAACUGUAUACAACAAGUCAUUGGAUGUAUUUAAAGCAAAGGUUGAUAGGUUCUUGAUUAGUUGGCAGGUUAAUGGUUACAGGGGGAAAAAAGGGGAAUGGGGUUGAGAGAGACAAUAAAUCAGCCAUGUUCAAAUGGUUCAGAAGACUUGAUGACCUGAAUGGCCUAAUUCUGCUCCUAUCCCUUAAAGUCAUAGGUGGGAUGAAGGUGGCUCCAUUCCCAAUGACUUGGCUUGUCCCAUCACCAAUUUCACCAGUGGGCACAUUAUUCAAUCAUGCUUUGGACCUACCAAACCAUGAGAUUUCCUCUCUAAGCAAUGCCUUCAGAAUUACCAAGUAGGUCCUAGACAAUUAUUCUGUCAGUGUAUUCAUUCACCAACUGAUUUUUAACUUACAGCAAUCAAGCAGAACAAACUUUUACUGAAAGCUAAUCAAUUUCUUUUAGCAUAUUGUUUAGUUUUGACCAAUCGUUCUGAAUAUUGUGUUAAUUUGCAUAUUCUGUUAUAUAGCUGAGUGAUGGCUUAAUUAUACAAUGGAUUGUUGUCACCUUAUAUAUUGGUUUCCAAACUUGUUUGAAGAUAUAAAAUAAAGGACGUGUAAAGCAAAUCCAUCGGAGUCUGAAUCUGAAGUGCAAUUGCCGAUGAGCUGAGAUAGUAACUCUAAUCAGAAUAAA